CCAGUGCAGUGACAUCGAAUAAAAUCUAAAUUUGAAAAUCAUUUGCACAGACCAGGACAUUCCAUCAGCAAUGGAGAUGUUUUUCAUCAUUUUUAGUAUGUUAUUCUCAUUCAGUGGAUUUAUAAAUGCAGAAAAUCCGUGUACAACGCCAGAUGGGAAGGAUGGCAUGUGUAUUCCAUUACGGAAGUGUCCGGCGCUUUGGAGAAAUUAUCGCAUAUCAACCAAAAGUCAACGUGAUUUUGUGAAAAAGUCCGAAUGUAAAACGGAUGGCAAUAUACAUUGGGUGUGUUGUGAGCCAUCUUUCAAAGAAUCUGACUUUCCCGAACCGGGCGAGUGUGGAUUGCAGGUGAGAGAGCGAAUUGUGGGCGGUGUAGAGACGGCGCCGGGCGAGUAUCCCUGGUUGGCGCUAAUUAAAUAUACACAUCCUCGUUAUCGACCACGGUUCGCUUGUGGUGGUUCUCUUAUCAAUAAAAAUUAUGUUCUAACGGCAGCGCACUGUGUGAGUACAAGUAUACUUAGUGGAUAUUCACCUAGAUCAGUUCGGUUAGGUGAACAUGAUUUAAACACGGAUCCCGACUGUACCGAAGAUGAUGGAGAGACACAGUGUGCGCCGCACGUGGUAGAUAUGGAAUUUUCUGAGAUAAUUAUUCAUGAAGAAUAUAAUCCAAGCUCAUCUACACAAUAUAAUGAUAUAGCAUUGAUUCGCUUAUCGAAUUCGGUAGAAUUUACAAAUUUUUUGAAGCCAAUAUGUUUACCGUUUGAGUCAACUUUAAGAGAUGGAAAUUUGGACGAUGUACCUUUUGUCGUAGCUGGAUUUGGAAGGACGGCUAAUGUUUGGAAUGCAACAUCAAGUAGUAUUAAGAUGAAAGUCGAUAUUGAUGGUUAUAAUUGGAACGAAUGCAAUGAAUUAUACUCACAAAGUUUACGGUCUACUCAAAUAUGUGUAGGAGGCAUUGAGGGAAAGGAUUCUUGCAGUGGUGAUUCCGGUGGUCCAUUGAUGAGAUAUACUUCACUGUCAAAUCGUCCACUUAUAUAUUUGAAUGGUAUUGUGUCUCGUGGCCAUAAAGUAUGUGGCAAAAAGGGAUACCCAGGAAUUUAUACUCGUGUCGAUAAAUAUCUCGGUUGGAUUAGACGUCACAUGAAGCCAUAAGUGACGAAGAUACCGUCUGAUUUGUAUGAAGUCCUUAUCACAUGAAAAUCCUUCACUCGAACACGGAAAUACAUUUAUAAUAUAUUGUUUUUUGAGUAAAAUUGCAAUCCUGGUGGCUGACCUGAGUCAUCUGGCUGGAAAUAUCUCAAUAUAAUGUCUGCCUGAAAUAAAGCUUUUCUUUAAUUAAAUCUUUUCUAAAUAUAUAUUAUUAUUAUUAUUAUUUUGCAUAACAUUAAAAUAAUUUGUACAAUGGAUUACCCGAUAUGAUCAACUCAAUA